GCGUGCACAAUACAUUUGUUCGCUUUAUAUUCUUUACUUGACCUAAAUCGUCAUUCCAUUUCAAAUACGCUCAGGUAGGCUUAUUUAUAGUCACCAAAGUUCAAAGUGAGGGGCGUUGAUCCAGUGAAGGACUCUGGCGUAUAUUCCCUUCUUCGGUGACACUAGUUGGCCGGUGAAGAGCGUCGUACCAGCAGAAAGCGUCAACCUACAUACAUUGUACAACAAACAGCAGCGUGCCACACAUUUAAAACGACAGCGACUAUCUGUUUCUGUACUUUAAGGAGCCACCACAUUGCAGCUACCUGUCAAACUAGAACAGUGAACGUGCAGUCAAAAGACGCUUGUUUUUACACCUUGUAAUAAACCUCCGAUAUAAUAUAAUACCGGAGAUCGCCUUGCAGGCCUUGUGACCUGUGUCUCUCAGACGUUUAACACGCAUCUUAUCUAGCGUCUCGCGUUGAUUAAUAAAGUAGCCAACGACGGAGGUCGCGUCUCAGGCUGAUAGUUAAGUAGUGACAGCCAUAAAAGAGACAGAAACGCGCGAGUGUGUGGUCAGAUGUUUCACGGACACACGGCAUUAAGCACCGUGACAUUAACGUGUGACACAGGGCGCGUGUGGCACGCAGUCUUAGUCACAAACGACGAGACAAGAGGCAGGUCGGUUGCUUCCAGGUAAAAACCGCACACAAAUAUAGGACCUUCAAUGUCGUGAUAUCAGAUGGGGGGAUUUCAACUUUCUAAACAUGACGGAUGAUUCAUAUAUAUAUAUCUGCCGGCCAUAGACUGAUCAGUCAACUUUGUGGAAUUCAAAAUAUUGUAGCAGUAGACAUUGGAGUGUCACAACACACACAGGUAAACAGUAUUUUCAGAGUAACCAUUACAAAAAUCAGCACCCCUUCGACGACCGAGUCUGAUCAAUCAAGCACCAGUACUUUGCCUCAGCCAUAGAGUGUGUGAUACUAUACACCCUGUAUACGAAGAUGACGGGGCAAAGCCACCGGUCACUGGGCUAUAGCGUUCUAUGGACAAUCCUUGUCACAUCGGUCAAAGCAGAAAGUCAGACAUGCCACGACAAAUUCAAGGUCUUUCCCGGACACACGGCUUGCUUGGAACCCUCUCAGGACGUCCACCUGGCGAUUUCAGGUGUGUCCUAUUCAGAAAAGAGAGAGAUAGUGAACCUACACAACGAGUUUCGCAGUAAAACUCGAUACCUCGCAGCAAACAUGCAAAAAAUGUACUGGGAUGAUGAGGUGGCGUUGCUAGCACAGAGGUGGGCCGACACAUGCCCCACAUACAGUAACCCACAUGAGGACGGCGUUCUAAGGAGCAUUCCAGGUAGAUUCAACCGCCUGGGCCAGAACGUUGCGUGGGGUUACACGUCUUGGAGUGGGGUGCUAAAAGCGUGGUGGGGCGAGUUGAAGGACUUCAAAUACGGAUUUGGUUCUAUUAAUGGAAAGGCCAUCGGUCAUUACACCCAGAUGGCAUGGGCGACGUCGGCAAAGAUCGGAUGCGGUUUUGCAAUGUGCGGCGUCACAAGGACGUUUGUUUGUGAUUAUGCCCAAGUAGGAAAUAUAGGAACACCCUCUGAUCCCAACGCCAGGUACAAACCGUAUAGAGAGGGAAACGACAGGUGUGAAGCGUGUCCAGAUAAGUGUGAAAACGGGCUGUGUGAUUGCUUGGGAAAAGUAUGUCAUAACGGAGGGACGUUGGACCUUAACACAUGUAAAUGUUCGUGUCCCACUACAGCCAUGGGAUUCUUUGGCGACCUCUGCGACCUUAACUGUAGCAAGAGCAGAGAUAAUACUUACGCAUGCGCCACCACCGGCGGACCAUUUACCAAAACAGAUUGCAGGAACUUUGCAAAUGUCGCAGAAUAUUGCCCUAAUAUGUGUAACAUUUGUCCAGCUGGCGGAGUAGACUACAAAGGGGACGACGGCGUAUACAACAUAGUGACAACACCGCCACCAUCAACAGCUACAGCGUUGCAACUAUGUAUCUCAAACUUCUGCCUUACAAUAAUAGUCCCAUACGUCUGCUGCUACCUACAUUUUUACAUUACAUAGUAUGACACUAGUGCUAGAAUAGAAUCUCAUAUUUUAGGCGACGUUAUCCUCAAUUAACAUUCCUUGGAGUUUUAUCUCU